AUGGCGGUGUCGCUCGACCUUGAACAGCAUCUCACCUCCUAUGGUGCGUACCACCAUAACCGGGUGAACGUAGUUAUUCACAUGGUUUGCGUGCCCCUGAUUAUGUUUUCGGCAUUUGAGAUCGCUUCCAACUAUGGCCCCUUCUUCGCCGUCCCGCCAUGGCUGCAAGUGGUACCGUACCUUGAGCCAAACCUGGGGGCCUUCGCAGCAACGGCAUGGGGCGGCUUAUACCUCCUCCUCGAGCCCGUUGCGGGAGGUGUGCUGGCCCUGAUCUGCCUCGCGGGAGCAGCCGGCACCAAUUACCUUCGCCAACAGGAUCCGGCCGGCACUACCAAAGCCGCUAUUGCCGUGCAAAUCGUGUGCUGGCUCUUGCAGUUCGUUGGCCAUGGCAAGUUCGAGGGCAGAGCCCCUGCCUUGCUGGACAACUUGUUCCAGGCCAUCUUUCUGGCGCCCCUGUUCGUCUGGCUCGAGGUGCUGUUCAUGCUUGGCUACCGACCCGAGCUCAAGAAGCGCGUCGACAAGGCCGUCGAGAUCGAGGUCGCUAAAGUCCGCGAGCGGAAAGCGAAGAAGCUUGCCAAGGCCGAGUAG